CAAUAUCUUGUUUUUGUUUCCUUCCUCAUAACAAAUCUCGGGUUUUACUAUCUUUCCUUCUUUAAAGCCCUUCCUUUGGAAACCCUGUUGCGUCCGUUUCCAGAGCAAAGCCAAAAACCCCUCCGCCUGCGUCUUCCUUUUUAUCCAUAUACAGAUAUGAAGAAGGAGGAUCAAACCAGGUCUCUGUUUGGGAUUUCCCUCUCUGAUCGACCCAAAUGGCAACAAUUCCUCAUUUGCUCAUCUGGAUUCUUCUUUGGCUACCUCGUUAAUGGCAUUUGUGAGGAAUAUGUGUAUAAUCGGCUUCAAUUCAGCUACGGGUGGUAUUUCACUUUUGUACAAGGAUUUGUGUACCUGAUGCUGAUAUACCUUCAAGGCUUCACGACGAAGCAAAUGGUUAAUCCAUGGAAAACGUAUGUCAAACUCUCUGCCGUUCUAAUGGGUUCUCAUGGAUUAACCAAGGGGUCUUUGGCCUUCCUUAACUACCCCGCACAGAUAAUGUUCAAGUCCACAAAGGUACUGCCUGUCAUGAUUAUGGGUGCCUUCAUUCCUGGCUUGAGAAGAAAAUACCCACUUCAUGAAUACGUCUCUGCGUUGCUUUUAAUUGUUGGUCUUAUCCUUUUCACCUUGGCAGACGCCCAGACAUCACCAAACUUUAGCAUAGUUGGUGUUAUAAUGAUAUCUGGUGCAUUAAUUAUGGAUUCCUUUCUAGGUAACUUUCAAGAGGCAAUUUUCACCAUGAAUCCUGAUACAACCCAGAUGGAGAUGCUGUUCUGCUCAACAGUGGUUGGGAUUCCUUUCUUACUGGCACCUAUGAUUCUCACUGGAGAGCUCUUUAGGGCUUGGAGUUCUUGUUCUCAACAUCCUUACGUGUAUGGCGUGUUAGUGUUUGAAGCCAUGGCUACUUUUGUUGGGCAAGUGUCUGUCUUAUCCCUCAUUGCUCUUUUUGGUGCUGCUACUACUGCCAUGAUUACAACUGCUAGAAAGGCAGUUACAUUGUUACUCUCCUACAUGAUAUUCACAAAGCCAUUAACAGAACAGCACGGAACAGGACUGCUGCUCAUAGCCAUGGGAAUCAUACUAAAGUUGUUGCCAGACAAUAAACCUGUCUCAAGGACUUCGACCUCAAAUGUCGAUACCAAGCAAACUAAAUCCUCUUCCAGUGAAGCGAAAAGGGUAAUGUUGGAUGGCGAAGAAACAGAAGAAGAGAACAGACCCUUAGUAUGAUUAUUUCUUGCAGAAUCACACCUUUUUAAAAUUUUUUUUCUUGGCCUAAAGGUUACUUGUUAAUUUUGGAGAAGGGACAGCAAAGACAGAAGGGGUGGGAGAGCCGGCUAAUAAUUAUUUGACAUUCACAUUUUUUUCUCUCUUGAAAUUUGAAUAGAAGUACACAAACAAU